AUGGCCGACGAGAUCUCUAUCGACAGGCCGUUCGGGCGACACUGGACUGAUAGCAAUGGCGUCUCGCGCUAUUCCCUCCCCCUCGAUGUUCCCAAAGGUGUUGGUAUGGGCAAUGAGCCCUCGAUAUCUCUGGAGUAUAUCCAGAGUGGCGGCAAUGGUGUGCUAGGUCUCGGUUGGGUAUUAUCGACCUACUCCUCUGUCAGACGUAUCCCGGCAACGGUCGCCAAGGGGGCCGAACGCCCAACGCUCGAUGUCGAUCGACGCACAGAACAGCUCGCUUUAAAUGGCCAGGCGCUGUUGAAUAUUGCGGGCGAGUAUCACAGCCCAGGGGCAACGUACACCACUCAAAUCGGUCAAGACGUCCAAGUCGUGGCAGCGCACGAGACGGAAGGUUUCGUGGCCACAGAUCGAAGCGGUCGACGUCAAAUUUAUGGCGCAACUCAGCAAGCCCAAAGGACCGCCAAAGUGGCAGCAGCUACUGAAGUCCGCGAAUGGUUUUUGGAGAAAAGCAUCGAUGUAUUUGGCAAUUAUCAAACCUUUGCUUACAACAAGAAUCCCCUUCCACAGCUCGGGUCUCUGGAACAAGGUGUCAACUAUCUGGAGAGCAUUCGAUUCACAUCGAACGACAAGGCGACUUACAGUGGCCGCUGGCGCGCGAAUUUUGUUUAUCAAACUCGAGAGGAUUUCGUCGUCAUCACUAAUGGGCAUGAUCAAAGCACGUCUGGCUGUCUCCUGAAACGUGUAGACUUCGAUCUACUCGACGCGGGCGGAACGAAGAUCCAGACGAUGAAGAGUUACAUCUUCACAUAUACUCACUCGGCGUCUUCUGGGGUCUCCCUGUUGACAGCAGUCGCUGAGAUAGGCGUUGAUGGGAGCAGCCUCACACCAACAACAUUUGACUACGGAGUGAACUAUGCGCUUAUGAAGCCAGAGCAGCUAUUUGUGCCGGACAAGACUGCAGCGAUCUCUUUGCCAAGCGUCGACAAAAUCGCUGCCGUUUUGCCAGUGAAUGUCUCGGGGCGCACGCUAUGUGAUCUAGUCGCUGUGCGUCACGACUCGGCCACGGGUGUGAUGUCUCUCAAAACCUGGCUUGCAACUCCGAGCACGCCUCCUCCCGCAGGGUCUCCCACGAUUAACUGGUCAGAAACAUCCAUGUCGGGCCGAUCAAGUAUCUCCAAACUCCCCUAUGGGCCACGUGGAGCGCUUUCCGGCGAUAACUUCACGAUGUUGCGUGCCGAUCUGAAUGGAGACGGUCGAACAGACAUAAUUAUGCCUUACAGGACAACCGGGGAUAUGCUCAGCUUUUCACUAUCGCAAUCGAUUGGCACAGGCUUCAAAGAUUUUGUCAACGUUUACACAGGAAAGGCGUGGCAGUCCGAUUGUAAGUUCUUGGCCCUCGAUUGUGAUGGAAAUGGCCGAGUCGAUAUUGUACAGAUCUACAAGCACAGCAAUCGCAUCGCCUUCCGGGUAUUUUGGGCCCUAUACGACCAUGUCACGGGAAUUGCAACGCUCGAUGCACCUGUAGAAACAGUGACGACCAUGGCAUGGACCGAGAGCAAAGAGUGGCUCAUCUCGGACAUUGAUCACAACGGCCUUCAGGGAUUGAUUCGCGUCUACACUGAAAAGACAAAUCGGGGAGCUGAGCUCAGGGCCCGGGCGUUUCGUAUAUCUCCUGAUCCUGCCAAGAGAGGAGUGUUCAUGCCCACAACAGAGGAGCCUUCCACAAUCGGACAAUUUACGCACGAGGAGGCGAGGAGCUUGACCGUCCUCACCACCGACAUCAAUGGAGACGGAGUAACAGACUUGCUCAUCUGCCAACAGAUAAACAGUGUCGAUCGCCUCCACGUCGAUUUUGUUUUCCGCAGCUUUCUCAAUAACGGGCAAGGUGCCUUCACAGAACGGGGGAAUGCUAUUCGACAACAGCGAACAUUUCGAAGUGGUGAACAGCCAAGAAACCCUUGCAGAUUCUACGCGACUAGCCUUGACGGAUCGAGGUUCCCGUCCAUAGUUUGUGCAUUUCAGCAGAGCUACUCGCACGACUGGGUCUGUCUCGUUGCGUCUGGCAGUUCUGACGGCCAAGUCAAGGAGCUGUACCCAUCGCCAGGAGCUAGCAGAUCCUCGGUGUUGAUUGCGCCGGCAGGCACGUUGCAUCACUCUCCAGACCAAGAGAUAGAUCUUGCAUCAGUCGAUAUUGAUGGCACAGGCAAGGCUGGAUGGCUGCUGACUACCAAUGUCAAUGGCAGCUGGUCGGCCUGUCCGGUCUACAAUGCCAGUGGGGUGCCUGACUUGCUCACUUCCACGACGAACCCCCUUGGACUGAAGGUGGACGUCUCGUACAUGCCCAUGUCUGACCAGCGAGCGUACAAAUCGGCUAGACAAUGGCAUGACAUCUCCAUGCCCACAGACCAAGCCGUACGAGACGUCAUUGCAUCGCAGAGCCUCGUGGUAACCCGUACAGUUUCCUCGAACGAACCACUGAUCAAUAAUCUGCCGUGGAGACAAGAAAUCGUCCGGUCUUAUAGCAAUGCGAAAAUCAACCUCGAAGGUCGUGGUUGGCAGGGCUUCGAGAAGACCACCAUGCUUGACGUCUCUUCAGGCGUUCUGUUGGAGGAGCAAUUCCACCAGGUCUGGCCACUGUCUAAGAUCAAGUUUCAGACGACAACUAUUGCUACAAAGACACCAAAGUUGUCGACCCAGGCAAAUGGUGAUGCAUCUCCAGAUGAUAUCUCCGCUUUGCUGAGUAGUGGCACAAUUAUCCAGAGGGAGAGGCUGGACUUUGAUGUGAAGUCACUGAACGUGAAUGAGUGGGAUACCCGAAGGGUUCUUCAGUCGGCCAAAGAGUUGUUUCAGUACGACAACGGGAAGCCGUGGAAGAUAUCGUCAGGAAUGAAUUGGACACAUGACGAUAACGGAAACAUGAUCAGUGAGGAAUCUUGGGAAUCAGACGCAACAUUGAAGACGAGAUCGAACCAGUUGUGGAAAUUGUUUUCCUAUGCUGAUAUUGGCACUGCUAAGGGAAUGCCGGUGAGGAAGAAGAUCACGACAAAUGUCCAAAACAAAAGCUUUGAUGUGUUUGAGGCUGGCGACAUUACUCUGACCAAAAUCACAUAUGACAAGGCGGCACCCUUCGUUCGAGAGACGGUACACUGGUCUUCUGACCACAACAAGUUCAUCGGCGAAACAUACGAGCAUGACGCUUUUGGCAACAGAAUCAAGGCUUCUGACGCUGUCGGCCUUACAACCAACGUCAAGUAUAGUACUGAUUAUCCCAAUUGUGCUGUGCAGACAACGCAAGAGGCUCCCGGACUGAGUCUGACGACGCUAUCUGCAAGCAACGCCUACGAUAUGCAGACUUCAGCUGGACGAUCUUCGACUGGUGUGCUCCAAGCUCUGACUCACGACGCCUUCGGCCGCAGAGCACAGAGCAUGGUCAUUACGACCGACCCAACAGAUUCGACAAUCACGUACCCAACGAGAACCAAUUAUCCGACAGCAGCCAGCGCAGAUCUCGCUCAGACAUUGUCGCAGGCUCGGUUGGUUUGCCAGAGCCGCACGGAGUACAAACGAAUGAAAACAAGGUCCGGAAAGAAUCUGCUGACCAGGUUUGUGACUAAGUACAGUUCAGCAGACGACAAGAGCAGCACAACUCUAUGCGAAGCCAUAGACUGCACCGGCCGCGUUCGUGUCUCUCGCAAACAAAGUGGCUCCUUCGAGCCUGUCUGGAUGUAUUAUACCUUCGAAAGCGGAGGAAGCAAUCUCGUGCGUAGUACGCCCUGGCAUCUUCCAUCUAAUAUAGAAGAUGGCUUUGACUGGUCUCCUCCGGUUGAGAAGUGCAUACUAUCGGCUUAUGAUGCACUCCGGCGUCCGGUGUUGCAAUACCGUCCACGAAGCGCCGCUGCCAAGUCUGCGACGCUCAUGCAACAUAGCUAUGUCGAUGGGGGCACAAAGUCUACAUCGAUCACGAAAUACUGUGACGAGAAAGGAGUCGAGACGAGCGACAAGGAGAUCGCUAAGACUCUAAACACAUUCCGGAAUGUGGCUGGUCAGCCGCAGUUGAUCGGCACGAUAGAUGAAUCGGGGUUGUCAACUUCCAUCGAUUAUGACGUGGUCGGACGUAUCACAGCAAUGACAGACUCUUCUGGGAACGUGGAAGCCCGGGAGUACAAUGCGACUGGUCAAUUACUCAGCAUCAAUAACAAAUACCAGAACACCAUGGGAAGUGCUGCCGGAAAGGCAGUGGUCUUCACGUAUGAUGAAAGGGGGCGACUCCUCACGACCAAGAAUGUCAUGGGUGAGACGAACAGAUUAGAAUACGACGCCAAGGGCCGCAUUCUUCAGAGCAUUGGAAGCGACUUACGAACUACGACAAGAACCUUUUCGUCUGCUGCGAACGGUACCAGCACGCUUUCACGCGUAACAAUAUCAAAGCCUUCAUCGACCGAUGUCGAAUCGCAGUACGACUUCACCUAUGAUCAGCGUGCCAGAUUGUCGUCGAGUCAGAUCUCCAUUUCGGGCACCGGCACAUACAGCUUCAGCUAUCGUUACGACUGGCAAGAUCGUCUUAUCGAAAAGGUUCCGCCGGACGGUAGCAAAUUGCAGUCCUCUUACAUGGGAGACCUGCUCGCGGAAGCUAGGAUUGUCUCUGCCGACGGCAAGACAGUCAACGUCACAUCGUCUUACGCAACCUACAACCCCCAAGGGAGUGUCCAAUCUUCCCAGCUCUCGUCGGGAGCAUUUUUGUCGGCAGGCAGCAUAACCUUUAACUCGGAGCACGAUGAGCUUAACACGCCAAUGAAGCGAUCGAUGCGCGGCAAGGGCGACCUUGCGUCGAUGACUUAUACAGUCAAUGAGAAAGACCAGAUUGCGAGCAUCACUGAUGUUCUAACCCAGGAAGUGGUGGCGUAUACUUAUGACAAGCAGCGCCUGGCGGCUUCGCAGCACGCUGACGCGACUUUCAACUAUGCCUACGAUGCCUCUGGGAAUAUCACUAGCCUCGGCGAUAUGCAGUUAGCUUAUGCCCCAUCAUCAAUCACGGGAACAAGAAACGGAAGCACUGUGUACGAAGCGAAAUUCGAUGGCGCAGGGCGUCUCACCAGCCGGAAGCUGGGCGAUGUUGAGCAUGCACUCACAUACGCAGGAGGAAGCAGAUUGUCACAAAUGAAAGACCUCAAAGCAGGCACAAUCACUUCCUUCUUACAAGAUCCCGAUGGCAAUAAUAUUCUUUGCCAAAAACCUGAUGGAUCGAAACAGAUAACACUGGGUCAAGAGUAUCGAGUCGAUAUUGCCAAAGAUGGUGCGGAGACGACAGGCGUGACACUUCUUGGCCCAGAAGGGCCUGUCGCUCAAUUAAAGACACAGUCAGAUGGAAGCAAGCACUUGAAGGCGUAUUUGCUCGAUCAUAAAGGCACUGUGACGCAUAGUUACGACUGCGACAAGGCCACUGUGACGAAACAAAACUUCUCUGAUUACGGCAAAUCUCUCGUGAGGAGUGAAGAGAAUGGACCAGGUUUCGAAGGGAAAGUGCAAGACACUGACAGUGGACUGAUCUGUUUCGGAGGGAGGUGGUACGAUCCGGUCAUCGGAAGAUUCAUUACCCCUGAUACAGUCACGGAUAUUUCUGGUUUGGGGAAGAGAGAUGGAUUGAAUCGCUAUGUGUUUGAAAACAAUGAUCCUGUCAACCAUGUAGAUCCUACGGGCCACUGGAGCUGGGAUGCCAUAGGUGGCAUAAUCCUGGGUGCCGUACUGAUCGGAGCCGCGAUAGCAGUCACAGUCGCCACUGCCGGAGUCGCAAGCCCACUUGGCGCUGCUCUAGCUGCUGGGGCCGUGGGCGCACUCAUAUCAGCAGGAAGCACAGCAAUCUUCUACUCCAUCGACCACAUGGACGCCUCAAACGAGAACAUCGACCACGGCAAAUUCUGGAAAGGCUUCUUCUGCGAAGUCGCAGUCUCUGCCGCCGUCGGCUUUAUCACAGGAGCCGCCGGAGAAUUCCUAUGGGGCGCCAAAGGCGUCUGGAAUCUGACCCAAGUUGGAGCGCGUUCCCUCUCUCCGGCAGCGAGCGCCACGCUCACGGAUAGCCUCAAUCUAGCCAUCAAGACGGGCGGAGAGGCUCUCAUGAGCGCCAUCUCCAACGAGGUGAACCAGAUCGCCGAUAAUGGUAUCGAAAAGUCCUUUUGGGAUCCGGAUAAAGAUCUGACAGAUGGUUUGGGCCAGGCCGCCGCUCAAGGAGCUCUUUCGGGGGCACUCACGCACCUGGGCGGCGACUUCCUCGGCGGCAAAGCGGCGGCGAAGAAAGCUGGCAACAUCGUUUGGGGAGAGGUCAAAGAGGCCGCCGGGAAGGGAGCGAGGAAAGCAGAGACGACCUUUGAGCGUCUAAUGGGCAAGCUCAAAUUCAACCCCGUGGAAGAGGAGUUCGAAAUGCACGCGCUAAGGUGGACCAUUGUUUCCUCAGAAAAUACUGUGCGUGGAAUGCCGAGAAUGUUCGCGACGAUUAUCGAAGAUUUUGAGCGGUCUGCGCCUGCACUUGGUGAAAUUGGUUUCGUCAAGCUGUGA